CUGGCAAACAAAAAGCCGAACGAGACGACGAAACGUCACCUGCUCUGGCAAAGUGUACGCAGAAAAUCGUACGAGUGUUGUGCCGUGCAAGCGAAAUUUGUGAAUAUUUUGUUCGCCCAGCGAGACGAUUGUGAAAUCGGUACUUCUACGGACAAAGUCUGAACCGCCUGGCCCUUGGCGCGUAUCGGUUAGAUGGCUACCUCAAUCACCAGUUACGAUUACGAGUGUACGCGCAAGUGCCACCUGCCGCACCACGGAAAUGCAAUUACGGCGGCCCUGACAAAGAAGUCCGUCUCUGAUGAACUUCUGGCGGCGUACGUGGCCAAGAUCUGUCGGAAUUUUGCCGAAAUAGUGGACGAUCAGGGAAGAAGUGGCCUUCAUUUGGCGGCAUCGGUGGGACGGUUUGCCAUCGCCGAAUGGUUGCUCAACAAUGGGGCCAGUAUUGCGCUCAAGGAUGGCGAGUCCGGCCACACAGCCCUCCACCGGGCAAUGUACUACGGCUGUGUGGGGGUGGCCGUGCUGUUACUCAAACACGGAGCCAUCAUUGACGUUCCGGAUGAGGACUUUGUCAAUCCGCUGCAGCUUUGCAGUAACAUCCCAAAGCAUAAGGACAGUGGUAUCGGUAAUGAAAUAGUAGUCUGGGGAAAGAACAAAAACUACAACCUCGGAAUUGGAAAUGUCGAAGGUAGAGACACGCCAGAUUGCAUCGAUUACUUCCGGAAGCAUCGUAUCCCCAUCGCGAAGAUGUCGAUCAACGCCUAUCACAGUGUGUUUUUGACAAAGGAUGGGGAUGUGUACGCCACAGGACAUGGCCGAGGGGGACGGUUAGGGAACGGAGCCGAGAAUACGGUGGCGUUCCCAAUCCGGAUAGCCGUUCACACGAGAAGCGCCGAGGAGCGGAUAGUCGACGUUAGCACCGGAAGGCAUCACACGCUGCUGCUGUCCGAUCACAACUGUAUUUACUCCUGCGGAGAGAACAACCACUGCCAGUUAGGAAUUAAGCCACCCCCGGAGAAGCAAUUGACAUUCAAAGAGAUUGGCGGGUUGCACAAUUUUGCAGAUAAGCGAAUCAACCGAAUAAUAGCCAAAGACUACCACUCGAUAGCGAUCUGCGAGGCGGACGUGUUCGUGUGGGGUCAAAACGGGGGCCAAUUUGGCAUGAAGAAGGAAGUGAACCCGGUUAUGCUUCCGAAAGCGCUUCCCCUAGAAAUCGAACAGGGCAAGGACAAACUGGCAGUUGCCAACGUGGACACCACAAUCAAGCUAGUCGAAUCGAGCAAUGCAGCAAUUGUAGUUUACACCAAGUCUAGUUAUUUGUACAUAUUUAAUAAUUUUAAGCGAAAGACAUACAAGAACCCCCUGAUGGAGAAGUUUGAGUGCAUUUCCGUGUCCGGUGGGGAGUUCGUCACGAAAAAGGAAGACCUUCCGAAGCAUACAAAACAACUGAGGAUUUUGGCCUUCACGGUUUCAAGAAACAUCUACAUUUGGUAUGAAGACUGUCAGCAGUUUGUGCGAUGUGUAUUUGCCCAGUCCAGGAAUUUGGAAAUUGAGAGGAUCCUUUGGUGCAACAACAACGCCCUGGUGCUGCUGCUGGGAAAUUUGUACUACGGAACCAUAACGCACAAACUGAACGCGCAUGCAGUUACUCAAAUCAGUGAGUACACGGAGACGUACGCGAAAAAGGAGAUGAGCACCACCACCAAGACGAGAAUCGAGCUGAAGCGUAUAAAGAAUUUGAACAAUGUGACUGAUUUUGUGUGCGACGAUGAUGGGGAGAAUUUUGCAGCACUGCUGGAAAAUACUCGUCGCUGCUUCCAGAUGCCAAAGCUGCUGGAAUCCAACUACGACUUCGGCAACCUUCUAGCCGAAGCACACGAAAUGGACGGCGUUCACGAUUUAACCUUCUUGGUGGACUACCAAUCCUUCCCGGUGCACAGAUUCAUCAUCUACCACCGGUGUCGCCAUUUGCGAAAGUUGGCCGAAAAACAACCCACCGAGAAGGAAAUCCACCUCAAGGGAUACGAAGGUCUGACGGCAUCCAUUUUCGAACUUGCGCUCCGGUAUAUCUACACGAAUGAAGUGCUAGCGAAGGGGGACGUAGAAAAGUUGGUUGGGCAAUUACAUCCAGGCGGAACAGUGGAAGAGAUGGUCACGCGGUUGCGAAAGGUGUUCAAGCAGCUAGAGAUAGGGGCACUGAAUGAGUCGUUGAAGAACUUAUCCGAUGACCCGACGGUCGAAGACUUCCCAAAACUAUCGCGUGAUUCCUAUCCGGAUCUUCGGGACGUAACCAUUCGAUUGCAGGACAAUCAGGAGAUCAAAGCCCAUAAAUGUAUUCUGAUGGCCCGACUCGAGUACUUCAAUAUGAUGUUCAGCCACACGUGGACAGAAAGUAAAACCGUAAAUCUGACUACUAUUCCGUUGGAGUACAUGGAACCGAUUGUAGAUUUCAUGUACAACAACGACUAUCAGAAGAUUCGCGACCAAAAGUAUUCUGAAAAUUUCCUCUUCAACAUGGUGGUAAUUUGCGAUCAGUUCUUUAUCAAUGAAUUGAAAUCUCUAUUCGAAGCCACAAUCGCCGAUCGGAUCAAUCUGAAAAACGUUGGUGAGCUACUCGAGUACGCCUUCCAGUAUAACUGCGAUGUGCUGAAGGAUCUCUGCAUGCAAUUCAUCAGCGUGAACCUUGCCAAAGUUUUGGAAAUGCGAUCACUGGACAAUCUGGAACCUCCCGUUCUGGCAGAGAUUGACAGGUUUUACAAGGAAUUCUAUCAACUUGCCGCUUACCGGACCAUCACCCCAUCGGCGGAUGCCAUUUCGGAUGAAGAUAUGGCAUUGUUUGUUGGAGAUUUUAACGUAGAUCUGAACGCCAAGGUGAACGAGGCCCCAACGAAAGGCAAAACCCCUAAAGGGAAAAUAACACCCAAGAGUACAAAGAUGCAACAAGAGAAAAGGAGCUACGAAAAAGAAGCCAUGAGUUAUAUUAGGGAUUUAUCAUUUGAAGAAAUUCCUAUUUCGAAACCGGAAGAUAAGAAAGCCACUAAUGUAACGAAUGGUCACGAACCCGCGGUGGAAAAAGAAGUCAAAAGUUGGCAUAAAGUUGUAGACAAGAAAGAUCCUAGAAAAAAGUCUCUACCCGCAGCAUUAAAAGCAAACGAAAUUGUUAAAUAUGAGUCCAAAGUAACAGAAAAUUACUCUAAUCUUCGGGCUCUCCUUGAGAAAGGCACUUCACCCGACAAAGACCUGCUAUCUCCGGCGACUCCAGAUAGGAAAGACGAAGGCUACGACUCUGGCUAUAGCAGCACUCGAGUAAACACUUUCAACCUCAGCGACUUUGCCAUCCAAAAGCCCAAACUGUCGCAAAAACAACGCAAGCGCCUCUCUUCUACCUCGGAGAAACCUAAAGAACUGAUUUCGGUCGCAUCACCGGAAAUAACCCCUGCCAACCCAUGGAAAAACCUCAACAAUUCCGCGGCCGAUAUGUUCAAAUCGGAACCAAUCGCCAUACUGUCGCCACGCGGAAGUCGAAAGAUCAGCAACGGCAGCUACGAACCCACAUCGUCUCUGACGAACGUCCAUGUCCAACCGAGUAGCAUCCCGACGAUAUCCUCCCCCAAGGUAACCACCGCGGAGAGCAAACCGAUCAAAGCCCAGAAGGAAUUCAGCAAAAUCCUCGAUGACGAACGCAAACAGAAGCAAUACUACGAGAAAAUCAAGUCCAAAUCGUUGGUGCACACGCAGAUCGAAGAACGGGCCAUCGAGGAACUGCGGCAGUUCUACAACGUGGACAGUGUGUUCGAUGAGAACAUUACCGUCGAGAGGUAUCGGCCCAGGUCCGAUACGGCAGUUAAUUUUGCCGUUUGGCAGUAUCAGUAGUUGAAGCUCUCGCUGUGCAAACAAACCGAGUAAAACAAAGUUUUGAAUUCGUGUUAUGUGUACCAUAUUGUUUGAAGGUAGAAUAAGGCAUGUCUUGUUAGGAAUAAGACAAAAAUUGACCAUUGUGCUGAAUAAAGUUUUACUUUGUACAGGUAUCAUGA